CCGCGAAUCAACUACGCUACGGCGAUCUCAACGUCCUGCACAACGCUCUUGUCGCUAUCGCAAAGAUUCUAGAAGUGCUGUGCGUGUUGAAGGCCCCAUAUUAUACGGGUGCAGCUCAGUUUUACUCAUUACACAUCCUCGCACGUCUAACCUCCAAACCCCCCUCAUCAACCACUGCCACCUUUUAUCGUCUUUUCUCCGCCGAAGCGUUCACAAUGAUCAUCCCCGUCCGCUGCUUCUCGUGUGGGAAGGUUGUUGGUGACCUUUGGGAACGAUAUCUAAAGCUCCUCGAUGAGGGCGUCCCCGACGGGGAUGCGAUGGACCAGCUUGGUUGUAAACGAUACUGCUGUCGACGAAUGCUCAUGACCCAUGUUGACCUUAUUGAAAAGCUUCUCCGGUAUAACCCUGCGGAGAGAGACCGAGCGAAGACCCAGCUGUAGCUACUUAAGCUCUUGCAUCAUAAAAACAACUACGUUGUUGGAUCAGGUUCAUGAGUUAUUAUUUCUAUGAAACUCAAAUCUACGGAGCUCCGCAAAAACACUCAUAACCCCUGCGGAAUACAAUAUCAACGUCCAUUUUCUAGCCCCCUUCGGACCUCCAGAUAACGCCGUGAUGAUGACCGCCUUUUCUGGCCCCUCCUCACUUCGACGAAAUCCAAGCCGAUCUACAUACUGGUCAAAAGUCAAAAUCCCCUUUUUGUUAUUAUAGUCAAUCAUGAUUUGACGAACGACUUCACAUGAAUCCAUUGCACCUGCCUGUUACUUCUCAGAGGGUUGGAGAAUAUACGAUAUAGAAUCAAUACCUCCCUCCCCCAAAUAACUACGACAAAUUUGUAUACUUUUAUUUUUCCUCUUUUUCUACUGGAUAACAUACUUCGUCCAUAAUUAAAGGCACACUAACUAAUGCUUGAGGCUCAUGGGAAUUUGUUUAUUGAUGGGACUGGAUAAGGGAUCGGGGGACGUGCACAGCGCAUUUGAAAUGAUUGUUGUUGCUCUCUAUGAUGAAUGGGAGUGAAGGAAAAGAAGGUAUAUUUAUUCACUCUUUUAUCAUUAACUAACUACCCAUGGUUCAGAUGAGAAAAUGUACACUACUAUAUUCAUUAGAGACAAAAAGAAACGUAUCAUACAGAUGGAGGAAAAAAACUAUUCUUUUCUUUGCGGUGGGCUGGACUAACUGCAUUCCCACCCUCUCCCCGCUCUUCACAAGCAGCAGCAUUACUCAUAUCAAACUAAAAUCAAGGGGCAACGAUUGAACCUACGCUGUAGCUCUCCAUCGCAGACUUUUUGGGGGCCAAACACUAAGAAACCUUGUUGCACGUUGCAAUGAUGCAUGGGUGUUGUUAGUCGGUCUUCAAUAUUAAUCUUGUAGUAGUUGCCGAAGCAGGGAGGGUUUUACAGCUGGGACCUUUUCAUUACCUUUCUUUCUUCUCUUUCUUUCUUUCUUUUUUGUUCUAACUACCAUCGGAGAUCGGCCGUGGAGAGUUGCGAAGAAUCACGGGACAGGGGAUAAUCCAAAAUAAGAGUUGAAUGGACUGUCAAUUUCAUAAUAUUUUAAGCAGGAAGUUGACUUAUGAUAUUUCCCCUCAAAGGGGACCCGUUUCUCAGAUACACAUCUCAUGCGUGGGGCAUAUAUACAUGUCGCUGUUCAGCAGUGCCUUCGCCAUCUUUUCGAGACGGCGCAUAAGGGGGCGUCCUCACGAUAUGGACCCCGGAUCGGGACAAGGCAGUUGCGCAUCCGAUGUUCG